UGCAGCGUUAUACAUAUGACGAGUGGUGUGUGUACAUAAAUAUCAUAAGCAUGUUUUUAUCUUUCCUUUUAGUGGAAAGUGCACAGAACGUAAGAAAACUGUAAAUAAUUAUACACGUCUUAUCCAAAUGUAUCCAUCAAGAAAUAAAAAUGCGGUUUAUAUAUUCAUUGAAACGCCAAAAUAAUUCACGCGACAAAGUUAAAGAUCACGCGGAAAAUAAUGGAUUUUGAAGACAAAAUUUAAAUAGUAAAUUCAGAAUAUUCUGCCGGCGAAAUCUACAAGGAAAAAUGACUACCGAGGCGAACAUCAGCGAUUCCGAUUUGCUUGAACAAAUAAAUUCCGAAGCAGCGUCACUGAUGACGCCAGUCAUCGUUUUCCUUUGUGCAUUGAUGUUCUUCGGUCUUCUAGGAAACAUUCUCGUCUGCUAUUACUAUGGACAGCAGACAAGGCGCUCAAGCCAUGCCGUGUUUAUUUGCACCGUUGCGUUAUUCGACUUAGUGAGCUGUGCUGUGUCGAUGCCGAUUGAAAUAAUUGACAUGAAGUUUUACUAUACCUUCACUAACGGCCAUCUUUGCAAGUUCCUACGUUUUGUAAAUUACGUAGCCGCGAUUGGGAGUGCAUUUACACUUCUUGCGAUAUCUGUUGACCGCUUUAGAAGAAUAUGUCGGCCAUUUAAGAAGCAGCUUAACCUACUGAAAUGCAAGUUACUCUGUGCACUUUCGUUUUUGCUUGGUUUGAUAUAUUCUUGGCCGGCGUUAGUCGUUUAUAAAUCGGUCGAAGUUGAAUUGAACGCGCAAAAUGGUCAAAUUGUGAAAGGAUAUGAUUGUACUACAACAAAUGAAAGCAAUUAUAGAGCCUAUAUCUGGGGUUUUAAUCUCGUCUAUCUGAUAACGUUCAUAUUUGGUACUGGAACCAUUGUUGUGAUGUAUUCGCUCGUCGGCAAGUCCAUAUACAAACAUAAACGAAAGCUUGUACAGUCACGACCGUUGUCGCGGAUACGGCGAUCCAAACCCGUGCACGCGGAUCUAGAUUCAACUAAAACUGAUGAAGAAAGCAGCGGAAUUGAUAACGAUGAACAGGGUCGUGCAUCGUGUGUUAGAAAGGCAAAUGCUAUGCAACUGCGCGCAAAAGGUAGUGACGCACAGCAAAAGAAGGCAGCGGAUAUAAGUGGCGAUAAUCAUAAGGAAGACAAACUUAACAACAAAUCAAUCAAGUACACCAUGAUCAUGCUAGUGGUUACAUCGAUUUUUGUUAUCAGCUUUUUACCAUAUCUUAUUUUAGUCAUAAUUGAUGCGUUUAAAGACUUAAAAGAGUCUUUACGGGGAAGUUCUCUAGUUGGAUAUGAAAUCGGUGUGCACUCUUACUUUUUUAAUUCUGCCAUAAACCCAAUGGUUUACGGAUUUCUGAAUCCAAAGUUUAGACAGUUUUAUAGCUGUAAACUAGCUCGAUUAACCACUUAUUCAUUCACUAGCGAGGCUUUGUCAUCAAGUACCGCGAUAACGAAUGCAUAGGCUACUGCGAUACUUGUAUUUGAAAAAUAUUCAAUAUUUUGAAGGCCAUUUUGAUAAUUUCAAUGUACGCUCCAUUGACAGUUUUUAAUGUUUGGAUUUAUUUUCUGCCUUAUAAAAUAACUAGAUAAAUCAUUAAAUAGCGAAUUUAAGUUGUUGCUUUUAUUUUUGAAAACGAAAGUAAAACGUAUUAAAAAAGUAGAGCAAAACUAUGUUGUCAUGUGCAUAUUGUUAGUUGAGGUAUACUUAGCACUUAUUCAGCAUGACAUAUCAUCCGUUUUCGUGUACAAUGCCGCAAGUAGAUUCGACCAAUCAAAUCGAGCGUUUUCAAAACAGUUACGAUGCAGGCGGUCUUCGCUUCAUAUUAGCCGUUAUACGCUUUGUUAUCCGCUCAAAUGCGCGUUGCUUCACAUUCUUCAUACCAAGAGUAUAAAAACGUGAAGAGGAAUUUCAUUAGUUGGCUUAUUACUAUUUAUUAAAACGGAAUUUUUGCGAAAACGUUUCUCAACGUUAUAUGAUGUAAUGACAACGGAAUAUAUCUCAAUUGUUCGGACAAAGCCUUGCUUAUGAGCUUGAUUUUAUAACAAAACAUUAAGGUGUAUGCAUUUACAAUAUGAAAGAGGUCCCGGGUUCGAUCCACAUUCAGGUUCAUUCCUCUCUAGCUAGGUUACAUGGAAAGUUUCCAUAGACACUUUGAUUGCGGGUUUCUGUUCGAUGUAGAUACAUACGGCAUCAUGUCAGACUUUGCCAUCGAUAAGAAACCAAACAAAGGUAAUUUAGUUCAUUAAUAUACAUCACCUUUGCUUACAUAACGGAAAAGCCUGAACAUGAAUAGUGCAGUAUAUCUUACUUAAAAGACUUAUUAAUAUAAAUAACUGAAAAACCAUACACAUGUUAUAUAAAGUAUACAUUUAAAAUAUUAAACGUUAUAUAAACUACAUCAAUGUUCUUUAUAUAAGUACGAUGUGUUUCGUUGCUUAACAAAUACGACACCAUUUCUAUAAAUGUCCUGCCUGUUUGAUAAAUGUUAUUUCAACCACAUGGAUUACUUUCAAAAAACUGGAAUCAGUAAAAUAAAUGCUCUUUUAUUUUUUUUUGUUGAUGAUGGUAUUAUUUGAUAGUUUUGUCUGUAAUAUAACGGACUCAAGACGCACCAAAUACAUCAUCUGUCCAUGUAUCACAAGUUUACGAGUAAUAACAUAUAUACCGAUAGUUGAUUGGAUUUUUUGGGUGUCAGUUACUGCAAAACAGAUCUUAUUGAUAAUUUGGCAACUCGACACAUUUUCAUGCAAGGCUCUUUUUAUAUGGAUGUUGUAUAAUAAUGUGUGCGUGAACAGAAAUCGUUUUGUUCAUAAUUCUUCAUAAAGAAUGUAUUUAGCUUUAUUGCUAUCCAACACAAUGCAUGCAACCAACUUGUGGACUAAAAGCUUUACAAAGGCCUGCAUUUUUGUUUCGAGUCAUUACUUAAAUUUUCGAAAGUAAUGACAUUAUUUUAUUUAAGCAUUUAUAAUUAUGAUAUAUUUAUAAUAUGUAUAUUUUUGUAUUGACGCAACUUGUAUCUAAAUAUAUUUUUGUAAACAUAUCCGACGUGUCUGUUGACAUUUACUUUGAUUUGUUAUAAUUCAGUGAGUGUUAAUGAUGGCACUUAAAUAGCAUGCAUUCUUGUACACUAUUAGCAAAUUAUGAAAGAUGGAUUCUUUAAGGCGUUUCAAUCGGUUUGCAGUAGGUUUGUAGUUGUUCUGAUAAUUUCAGGUUUGACUCUAUCUUUUGUUUAUAUAUUUGGUAACAUUUUUCAUCUCAAAUUGGCGAAGACAUAUAUUUAUAUUAAUAUCUUAAAUAUAUUCACGAUUGCAUCUGGUGUAUGUUGUAUUUCUAUGCUUUAUCAUAAAUAUAAUAAAAAGCAUAUAUUGCCCAAAAAUUGAAAAUUAUUGCUGUUUCAUUUGAUAAUAAAAAGAGAGAAAAUAACGAUAGGACUUCACUUAACCGCAUAACGCAAGCACAUACAUUUUGAAAUCAUAAAUGCGACGUCAGAAGAGUGAACAUAUAUACAUGCGCGCAUAGAGGAAGACAAUGUCUACAAACAAAUUUAUGUUUAAAACAAAAUUAGCUAAUAGAAACUAAACACCGCCAGUUAUAACAUUCCAAACUGUCUUGGAAAAUGUUCGAAGAUGCAUCUCUAAAUAUUUCUUGCUCAUUAAUGAUUAAGACUUAAUUUGCUUUUUGGGGCGAAAGACAAGGUAAUUUGACAUUACUUUGUUUAUGUAAGAGAAAUGACCUGGAAUAAUAUUUGAGCCUCGCUAUCGGUAAAUCGUGCCAUUUUUCUCAUAAAUUAUAUUAUAUUAGUGAUUUGAAGCUGUUAUUUAUGUUGUACGCUGAGUACAUUUUACCUUUUUUCUGAAUAUUUUUUUUUCUGCAACAAAUCACAUAUUACAGGAUGGAUACAUGCUACACGAAUAUAACAAUAAAUUGAAAAUACGUAUUUACACAUUAAACACACACGUCAUGUUCCCUAAGAAUCAGAUAUUGCUUAUACAAUUAUACAUCUGCGAACUGUUUUAACAAACGUGAAUGCGGUUUAUGUACAUUUGAUACCUUAUCAGGUCAAGCACUAGCGGCUAUGCUUUAACUCAUAGACUGUUAGAAUAAUUACCCGACUAUGUUCAUUCAACAUAAAUAUGACAAUUUUGAUAUAUUUAUUUUACCACUAUUAAGCGAUGGGUCUGGGGAUUAAAAUGACAGCCAGCUUGAAAGGGAUAGGGAGAACUUCGAAAAAUAACUUUUGCAUGCAAACAUACGGAAAAUGUCUUACGAUACUGGUUCAAAAAUGUUAAAAUGGAAACUGUUAAAUAUGUUUUAAUUUAUGACCAAUGUACAUUGCUCUAAACAACAAUUCAAAUUAUAUGACAUGUGUAUAAUGACAGCUAUUUCAAUCGCUAGCUUUUGAUAGUGUUGUUUUAGGGCACAUUUUGAUAAGUGCUGUCAAUUUUAUCUUCUAGAUAAACAGUCACCUAAGAUAACCAUUCCGCUUAUUUACGUCCGAGUUACAGUCAAAGUGAUUAUGAUUUGGUGCACUUUGGGUAAAACGAAAGAUUCGACCAGAGCAAUGCGUACUUCCUUUUGUUAGCAAUUGUUGGCAAAAUAUUCAUAUCAUUCAUAAACUAUACUGUUUUAAUUUCUUUGACCGUGA